AGAGAGGAGAGUGAUGGAAACUGUGUUUGUGGUGUUGUUAUUGUGUUAAUACUUAUUUCUACUUCAAACUUUUAAUUGGGAUUCCAUUCUAAUUUGUAUAAAGAUAUUGUGACUAUCUAGACGUUCAUAUGUUUAAAAGAGCUCAGUUGAUUUUCCAUAUUAACUUGAUCUGAAAUAGGCCUAAAUUAAUUCAAGCUUACAGAUGUAACCUAGGGCAGGCUUAUCUCACAUUAGGCUAUCAUAUAAAUAUUUAUCGAUCUUUUUCAAACUAGAUUAUAUCUAGGCCUAUGGCUUUUGAAAUUUUUGCUGCUCUAGUCUAGAAAUUGUCUAAAGAUCUGAACAAUAAUGGCAAGCAUAAAGUUGGAGCUAGAUGAAUAUUUAGCCCGCAAAGAUGAUACCAAACCUCUCCUCAAGAACAGUUUGCCAAGUGUAUCCCUCCCAAAGGUUGGAAAUUGGUUUAGACGGGAAGAGGCUGAAGAAAGUGGGUGGUUUGCAGAAACACAGAAAGAUUGCUGCCCUAAGAUGAGUAAAUUCCAAAGGAUUGUUGGAUUCUGCUUUUGUGUUUGUAUGGGGAUCUUCUGUUUUGGGCUUUCUGCGUUAUAUUUACCCGUUCUUCUCCUGAAAGCAAGAAAAUUUGCCUUACUGUACACAAUGGGGAGUUUAUUCUUCAUGUGCAGUUUCUCGUUUCUGUGGGGGCCGCUGAACCACCUGAGACACCUGUUCUCAAAGGAGAGGUUCUGGUUCACACUAAGCUACGUGACGACACUCACGGCCACUCUGUAUUGUUCGCUGAUCCUGGUCAGUACGCCACUCACACUCGUCUGCGCCGUCGCGCAGGUCAUCGCGCUCAUGUGGUUCUUGAUCAGUUAUAUCCCUGGCGGACAUUCGGGAAUGCUUUUUUUCACAAAACUCUUCACGUCAUCCGUCUCCAAAACACUCCCAGUUUGAUUAGGAUUGUAAACACAACGUGUUCCUACGUGACCAAAGCUAAGUUGUAAGAUGUGUGGAAAGACUGAUUGUGUGUGGGGUUUUUCUAGCGGGAAACAUUGGGGGGUUUUUAACGUGGAUUACCCAUUUGUAAAUUUUAAAAGUUAUGUGAUGGAAAUUCAAACAAAUUUUGCUGUCUAUAUUUUUACUGAAUUGUUAUUAGGUUUUAAACAACUUCUUGAGCAGCAUUGUACGUGUUAUUAAAUUUAUGGAAAGUAAAUAAAAAAAACCUCUUAUAACACUUAACCACUUACCAUCUUUUUUGUAUAUUUAGGCCUACCGUCUUGUGAGUAACAGUAUAAGCGUAAAUAUAUGUUUUUAAGUGUUAUAAGACGUUUCUUUUAUUUACUUUCCCUAUUAGGUUUUGUAAGGUAAUGUGUUAGGAAUCUGUUUAAUUUACUUUUCAACCAUAGCAGAAAGUGCAUUAUCGUUAAAUGGUGUUAUUUUGUUAAACGUUGAAACUUGUCAACAGUCAAACGUUUUAAACUGUUAUUUAUCAUGGAGUAAAAUAAUCACCUAAUUUUUUCGAAGAGAGUUACAUACCGGUACUAUACAUUUUGUUAUUUUGUCACGAUCGCUGGUCGUUUUAAAAAAGCUUGUUAUUCGAUGAAAAUAUUUUGCAUUACCGGUAUUCUGCAUUUAUUAUGUGUUUUUUUACAUUUUUUUUACUGAUUUAGCUGCGCACUGGUAGACAAUUCAUUUAUAGCUCUUAACUUAAUUUAUUAUGCUCAAGAUAUAUGGUUAAAUAUGUAAAACGUUUUGUAGGUUUUUGAUAAUUUGUUAUGCUUAAGUAUAAUACUUCUUGUUGAAACACAUAUUUUAUUUUACGUGUUGAUAAUUACAUGCACAUAUGUGUUUUUGUACCUCGUUAUGUGUAGGCAUUGACUUUUGAUUACCUGCGGUAAACAUCCUAUAUGGACCAGCUGUUUCCGAUUUUGUUUAUAAAAAAUAACAAAUAAUACAGUUGAAUGACCCACUGAUUUAGUGUCCUACUACUACUAUAUCAUAUUUUCUUCAUUACCUGCUGAGACUGUGAAAGCAUAGCCUCCUAAUACAAAGCAGCGGUGAGACAAAAUUGGCAACGCUGCUCUCCCGGCUUACUGGAACAGCUGUUGUUGUACUAAUUCAUAAUAGAGCAUCUGCGCAAUGGUUAUGUUAACGCAUUUGUUAUUUUGUUACAAUGGCUAUAGGCCGGCUGGUAGGGAGCAAGCUGGUCUAGUGGUUUGAGAGUGGGACUUCGGUCCAUGAGGUCCCGGGCUCAAAUCCUGCCAAAUCACCAAUACAUUUUAUCUAAAAGCCCAUGUAACACGGAGCUGGUUUUCUUGCCGCUAGUAACUAGCAGCUAGAACCAGCAGAAAACCAGCAUCGUGUGACUAAUUAAACAUUUUAAUAUUACAAGCGCUUGAAGAGUCACUAGCAGGUCACGUUACCACCCAUCUGUAGUCUCUAGCACCAUUCCAGCUCUGUCUGACAGUAUUGUGCUAGUUCUCGCAUUAAGAAAAAUAAAUUUAAAUUAAUUGAACACAUUUAAACUAAUUAAGAAUAAAUUUAAACUUUCAUGUUUAGAAACUUUUUUCACGCAUUGUCAUGAUUUUCUCGUUGUUACGAUUGCUACGUCUAAGUUGAUGAAAGAUAAAGUGCUUUUGUUAUACGCCUACACAACUUAUUAGAUUUUAAUUAGUUAAUUUACAUGCCCAUAGUAGAUACAAAAUAAUAGUGUUUUUAUAUAUUAAUAUUUUAUUUUUUCGUGGCACUUUUUACUCCUAUGAUGGCUGAUCAUUGAUAAAACAUCACUUCUAAUACUAACAUUAUUUUUGUUACCUAAGGAGCGUGUAGUUACAUCCAAUUACAUCACCAGACUUGUAAGUUGUAGCGUUAGUUCUCCAGCUUUGUCUGACAGGACUUGAGGACUUCAUAUACGCUGGAGAACUAGCAACUAAAGCUGCUGGAUAGAGAGCUGCUGGAACCAGCUCCGUGUGACAGGGGCUUAGUGAUAGUGCCACAACCUCUCAAUCUAGCCUGAAGUAAUGUGGAAAACAAUACCACGCUUGUGCCUAGCUUCUUAGGAAAAAAAUUCUUAAAUAGGCCGGCUGGUGCAAUGUUGUCACAUACCAAUACCGCGGCAAGACAAAAGUGGCAAUGACGCAGCCCAAGCACUGGUUCUUAAUAGAGUGUCUGCUCAAUGUUUAUGCUCACACGUUUGUUAUUACCAUGGCAAUAGGCAUGACGUUGCCUCACACCAACGCUGUAGCUUUGUAAUACAGGAGGCUGCGGACGGUUGUUGAUUUGAUGAAAAAGAUGCCAUAGUUUACAAUAAGUCGUCCUUUCACUUUUGCUUGUUGGAGAAACUAAACUAUUAGUAGGCCUACUAGACAAAACAUUUUUAAUCGAAAUUAGCGCUUUAUCGGUGGUUCAAUACCACAUUCAUGGUUAUUCUAAAACUGCCUUCAACUUUGGCAUAGGUUAGCCAUAAUCGAAGCUGUAUGUUAAAUUCAAAGUUAAAAGUAUUUGCUGAAGAUUUAAUAAUUUAAGUGUAGUGUUGAUUUAAAAUAAAAUCUGGGUUUCUGGCUUUAUAAGGGAAGAAAGAUGUUUGUCCUUUUUUUACUCCAGUAAUAAUUUGAUUAAAUAGCAUACUAUAGUAUUUAUAUAGUAGUAAUGUUUUAAAGAACUGGUGCUAUUAUAACCCUUUAUGAUCUCUCUGCAUGUAAAAUAAUAUUUCAUCACUAGGGCGUAGAGUGACUCUUUUCGACCCGAGCUCGAAAAACUAUUUUCCCUAGAUUGCUGGUAAAGAUUUGUAAGACAACGGGAUCGCUGUGAUAUGAUCACAUUCUUUAAUACCAAUUUUGUAAAAUAGUUCUUAAAAAAUUUUUUAGAGGUCAGUAUUGCAUGGUUAUUUAUAUUUCUGUCUUCCUAUACUUAGUAUGAUAAUAAUAAAGACAUACUUAUUAUAGAAGAAAUUGUUAAAUUAAAUCUACUUGUUUAUACAUUUGUAUAUACUUUAGUUUAUAUAAAUACAUAAUGUUAAACUUUA